AUGUCGAAUUUCAUCUCGGAGGAAUGUGCUCGAAAGCUGUUGACCAACCGCAACAAGGUCAAUAUCGCUGUACCGGGCAUCGGAAAUGCGGUGCAGCAAGUAAAAGGUUCGAUCGUCGCAACAGUUCGGUCCAAGACGCAACCCUUUGCUACGGAUAUAGCAUUCCUGGUGUUGGACAAGCCGUCAGCCAACAUCCCUAUUUCACCGACGGACAGCUCAUCAUGGAAAAUGCCGAAUGUGGCAUUAGCUGAUAGCACCUUCUACAUCCCUGGGCAAAUCGAUAUCGUCAUAGGAGGCGAUUCUUACUGGGAGCUUCACACUGGUCACAAACGCUCUCUCGGCGUGGGAAGACCGUGGCUGGUGGAAACUCAUUUCGGUUGGAUUGUUACCGGAAACAUUCACCAUUCAUCACCUGGUCCGCGAAAUCUCGCAACAAACGACAUUCCAUUGGAAGAUACCAUGCAGCGGUUUUGGCAGAAUGAAACCAUAGUCGAUGAUCCUGUGCUAUCGGUUGAAGAGGAUGCUUGCGAAAGACACUACGUGUCAGAAACCGUUCGCAAUACAUCGGGAAGGGUAUUUUAA